UCUGCAGCUGAAUAAACAUGGACACUUCCUCCAACAGGCCACGAGCAGAAAGCGGCCGUUGAGUGAAAUGUGAGGAAUUUGGAGUGUAAAUGCUGCCUUUGAGAGCAGGAAUGUGUGUAGGGCAGAUUCCUGUCUUACCCACAGGUCUCACCUCAGUCUCAGUCUCACCUCAGUCUCAGUCUCACCGCACUCUCAGUCUGCCUUUACACAGAGAAACACUGACAGGAUUUAAAAAGAAAUUUGUUAUUUUUGUGGACAUUUUGCGUUAUUUUGUGAACGCAGUGUAUCAUGAAGCUGCUGGUGGUGUUUCCUGUCCUGCUGUUCAGCUUGUUACUCCUUCAGCUCGUAAUGAGCCAAAAGGAGCCGAAGCCAGCAGGAGAUAAGAAGCUGAAAGAGAAGGUGAAGGUGAAGACAGAAGCUGAGAAAAAGAACAAAAACACAUCAGUCAAAACAAAAGCCACGCCCUCAGCCAAGCCCCCGAGUCCCACAGCACCUCCGCCGUACCUGACUCGAGUAGUGGGGAAGGGGAAGUUUGAGAAGGUGGGGAAAAUGCUGUCGGUCCCUGCAGGGGACACAUUGGAGCUGAGGUGUAAAGGUAGUCGUGUGCAGUGGGACGUCCCGUCUUACCUGCAGGAGGACGAUGAGGGACGACUCAGGACGUUGCAGCACGAGCGAUACGGCGCUCUGAUUUUAGUCAAUUCAUCAGGAGCUGAUACAGGAGCGUACAUCUGCUACCCGCUGUACUGUGUGGACUCGGACUGCAGGAAAGAGUAUGAUAAAGCCCUCAAUGUCUUCAUCUUCUUCCCUGACCCUCAGGAGCUUUUCGUGCCAUCGUCGGAUUAUUAUGAGGUUAUCCAGCUCAGAAGUAACCGGCCCACGGUGCUGCCAUGUCAGGUCACUACCCCACAGGCCAAAGUCACCCUGCACCGUGAGUUCCCACCCGUAGAGGUAAAGGUGGACGGAUCCGAGAUCUCGUAUGAUGUGACACGUGGCUUCACCAUCUACAGGCCCAAAGCACAUCACGCUGGCUCUCUGUACUGUGUGGCCAGCGUGGGCAACCUCCGGCAGAGCUCCAUCAAGUACAUGCUCAUCUACGUUCACUACCCAGCUGCUCCUCCUGUCCCUGUGCUCCAGACUUCAUCCUCCUCUGUGUUUGUGGGUGUGAACCUGCAGCUCUCCUGCAUAGUGGUGGGAGAACAGGACGUGGCAGUGGAUUUCACAUGGGAGUAUCCUGGGCAAAAGAUCGGCCGGCCGCUCUACACGCAGGAGACCACGCAGGCGGUGCAGGUGGACGGACUCAGCCGGCAGCGCUCGCAGUCAGUACUGCAGGUGGAUGAAGUGAGGGAGGUGGACAAGGGAACCUACACCUGUACUGCUCAGAACCUGCAGGGCUCACGCUCCGUCUCUACCAACGUCAACGUGCAGAAGAAAGACAACUCCAAAAAACCACACACAACCUGAGAACCUGAGUUUCUGCAUCUCAAACAGACUUUUCUUUUCAAGCAAAAGUACAUAUAUACAUCUAAAGCCUAUAACUCUGCUUUUUUGAAAAAAUAUUUAUAGAUUUUUGGGCAUUUUGAUUUUCACCCCAAAUUGGUGACCUGCCAGUUCUCACCCAUGAUCCAUCUAUCUCACACAUGAAAUAGUUCACCUGGGUCCUAGUAAACUCUGAGUACAUAGAAUCCUGGGUUGUAAAGUUUGAGGUUUCACACUCACUCAUACCUGGUGUUAACACUGAAUCCUCGCUCAUCAUAAUAUAACCUUGUUUCACACUGUACAUCCCUAAACCCUGGUGUGACCUUAUUCUUAUUUGCAUAUUUGUGUAGCCACAAUCCUGAAUGGAUAAAUCCAGCAUGCCGUGGCUUCUAAUAACGGCUUGUCUUAUGCUUUCACAACAAUUUUUCUUAAUGGUGAUCAGUGUUCUGCUGCUUGACUCUACCUAUUAAGUAUUGCUAUGUCCUGGUUUUCAUGUGAGGUUUUCACAAGCUUUUUGUUCUUAAUCUGAUUCUGUUGUUAAUCGACUAGCAGUAACAUUCUAACAGUGCAUCAUUUCACACUGUACACAUUUAGCAUCAUGAUGCAGAGUUAACACUAGUAAUGUCAUGGACUGCCGGAUUUGUUUAUUGUUCAUGUUUCCAUGUGCUUCUGUUUAUGCUUUGUGUAUGUAUAUGUGUUUGCCCCACCUGAUCUUUUCCCUUUCCUGCCUAUGCACACCUUCCUUAUAUCUCCCUAUUUACACCUAUAUAUACCUGCCUCUUUACCUCCGUACCUGUGGAGUCCUUGUCUUUUGUCUCCUGGAGAGAGAGAGAGAGAGAGAGAGAGAGAGAGAGAGAGAGAGAGAGAGAGAGAGAGAGCCCUUCCCACACUAAGACCACAGGCAGUUUUGGUCCAUUGGGAUUUGAAUAUUGUGCAUUUCAGACAGAAAAUAUUUUUAUUUAUCCAAUUUAGAUCCAAUUUAGUGAACUCCAUUAUUAUAUUUUACUUGUACUUUGUGCUUUAGCACUGAUGAUUCAUUUUCCAUUUUUCCCUUUUAUUUUUCCAUUGUUUUGCUUCUAUAUUAUUUUUUAAAUAGUGCAAAAACCUGUACUGUCUAAUAUUUGGUAUGUGGUAGCUCAGUGCUUAAGGUGUUGGACUACUGAUCGGAAGGUCAUGUGUUCAAACCCCAGGUCCACCAGGCUGCCACUUCUGGGCCCCUGAGCAAGGCCCUUAUUGCUCAGUUGUAUAAAUUGAACUAAAAAUGAAAGUCACUCUGGAUAAGGGUGUCUGCUAAAUGCUGUAAAUGUCUAUUUCAUGGCUGAGUGAUAAUUAGUUGCAUUACUCGUGCUACAGGUACUUUAUAUAGAAGAAUGAAACAUCAUCUCUUCCCUGAUAGUUUCAGGAUAAAAUGUUUUGUCUUUUUGUUUGUUUGUUCUCUGCUGUCAUCAGUCGAACUCAGAAUAACGGAGAAGUUUAUAUGAAGGUAAAGUAUGUUAGUUUUAAUAUCCAGGCGCUGAUCAUGAAAAGUGUAAUAAAGCUUAUGAACCAGCA